UAGUCCUGCCCAAGACUUCAGACCGAGCCUGUUGGGAGCAGCCCUUCGCAGCUGCCUGUCGGGGGACUUCAUUCUCUGCGAUUCCCUGUCUCAGGUUUUCUGUGGUGACGACGGGACACAUUUCCCAUGUUCCAUGAGGUGCUGCGGGGCACGAUUCCACCCAGAGUCCUGCCUUUUCUGGCAGCUGUGCUUUUCCAAAGGAAGGAGAGGAAAGAGACUGGGUUUUACCACAGGCGGUGGGAGAAACACCCUUACUACAACCUAACGGUAAAAGUUCUCAGAGCCAGAAACAUCAAGGGUACAGAUCUGUUGUCCAAGGCAGACUGCUAUGUGGAACUAAAGCUGCCCACUGCAUCUCCUACAGUCUUCCGAACUCAGGUUGUUGACAACUCUGAUAACCCAGAAUGGAAUGAAACUUUCCAGUAUCGAAUCCAUGCAGCUGUCAAGAACAUUCUGGAAUUGACACUUUAUGAUAAGGAUGUCCUUGUCAGCGAUGAGCUUACAUCUAUUGUCUUCGAUGUAGCGGGCAUGAAGUUGGGUCAACCCCUGCUGCGCACUUUCAAGUUGAACCCUGAGGCUAAUGAAGAGCUGGAUGUAGAAUUUUACUUGGAGAAAUGCUCAGAUGCCCCUACAAAGGUACUGACCAACGGAGUCCUUGUGGCUCACCCUUGCUUGUCUCUGCAAGGCACUGUCAACAAAGAUGAAGAGCAGCAAGGGAGCUGUGAGGUCAAGGUGUCUGUUCCAGGGGCGUAUCAGAAGCAUUUGCGUGUUCCUCUGGGACCAGACAGUGAGGAUUAUGGGACCUCAUUUGUCUUUCAUGUGGAUAAAGAAAUUUGUCCGGAACUGCAAGUAGAGCUGGAGCAAACCAUAUCUGUGCUACAGGAUGGUAUGAAUGAUAUUGAAAAGCAUACUACAGUUCUGGGACUGGGGACUGUACCAGUUCAUUCCCUUCCUAUUGGACAAAAAGUUGAUAGAAUCGUUUCUCUGGGAGAGGGACAAAGUUUGAAUAUGAGUUUUAAAGCUGAAGAGAGCAGUUGGGAUCUUGAUAUACGCCUGGGUUUUGACCUCUGUAAAGAGGAGAGAGAAUUUUUGGAAAAAAGGAAGAAAGUCGUUUCUGAAGCACUGAGGAAGACUCUUCACUUAAAAGAAUCCCCUUCAAAAGAUGAGGUUCCAGUUGUAGCAGUGGUGGGGUCUGGAGGUGGCAUGAGAGCACUGACAUCGUUCUAUGGCAGUCUUGCUGGGCUUCAGCAGCUGGGCCUUUUGGAUGCUUCAAUAUAUCUGUGUGGGAUUUCUGGCUCUACUUGGUGUUUAUCGACACUGUAUCAAGACCCUGAAUGGUCGCAGAAAGAUCUUCAAGAUGCAAUCAGGAAAGCCCAGGCUACAGUGUCCAGCAGCAAAGCAGGGGCAUUUUCCCCAGAACGACUGAAAUACUAUUUCCAGGAGCUGAAAGCUAUGGAGAUCAGUGGAAGAAAAGUUUCCUUUACAGAUUUGUGGGGCCUUAUUGUGGAAUAUUUCCUACAACAGAAGGAAGAUCCAUCAAAGCUCUCUGAUCAGCAAGAAGCCGUGAAAUGGGCCCAGAACCCCUAUCCUAUCUAUGCAGCUGUCAAUGUGAGACCCACUAUUAGUAGUGGUGACUUUGCAGAAUGGUGUGAAUUCACUCCCUAUGAAGUUGGGUUUCGCAAAUAUGGAGCUUUUGUCCGAACAGAGGACUUUGACAGUGAGUUCUUCAUGGGACGGCUCAUCCAGAAGCGUCCAGAACCUAGGAUUUGCUUUCUACAAGGAAUGUGGGGCAGUGCCUUUGCUGCAAGCCUAGAUGAUAUCUGCCUGAAGGUGAUUGGUAUAGGACUGGGCUUUCUAGAUUCUUUCAAAGAUGUUAUCAAAGUUGUAGAUGACUGCCGAAGAUUCCAUUUCCGUGAUCCAACACGACUGAAGACUCGCUUGGUUAUACCUGGGGGCCCCUUGUUACAAAUCUUAGAGGAUUUCUUCAAGUCCCGGCUCACAUGUGGAGAAACCUUCAACUUCAUGCAGGGAUUGUAUCUUCAUAAAGAUUAUGUUAACGUCAAGAAAUUUGUGGCUUGGAGAGGCACUCAUCUGGAUGCAUUUCCAAACCAGCUGACCCCAAUGGAAGAGAGCUUGUAUUUAGUAGAUGGUGGCUUUUCUAUCAACUCUCCCUUUCCUUUGGUACUUCAGCCUGAGAGGGAUGUGGAUGUUAUCUUAUCAUUCAAUUAUUCCUGGGAAGCUCCAUUUGAGGUUUUAGAAUUGACUCAAAAAUACUGCGAGGAGCGGGAAAUUCCUUUUCCAAAAAUCAAAUGGAGUGAGGAAGAUGAAAAGCAGCCAAAAGAGUGUUACAUGUUUGUGGAUUAUGAUAAUCCAAAGGCUCCAAUUGUGCUCCAUUUCCCCCUGGUCAAUUACACCUUCCAGAAAUACAAAGCUCCAGGAGUUGAGCGUGAGUCAGAAGAAGAGAAAUCCUUUGGUGACUUCGUUAUUGAGUCAAAAGAUUCUCCUUACCGUACACUAAAUUUCACCUUUGAGCCACAUCAUUUCAACAGGUUAGUGGAAGUGAAUCGCUACAAUGUGCUGAACAGCAAGGACACUCUCUUCAAAGCCCUAAACCUGGCUCUACAAAGGAGAAAGUUGAAGUAAGUCAUCAGUACAUCAAAUACGCGAGCAGCUUCCAUAGCUGAGGAUACAGAUGGGCUGCAGUGUAUGAAAGCUGUGUGGUUCAAGACAGAAUAUGGAAAACUAAUAGCUGGAAUCUGUCCUCUUGUGAAUGGAGUGGCACAUGCAAUGCUGAAAAUUCAUUCCAGAUAACAGAUGUACAUCCCUUCCAGUUUUCAUAGAAGCAAUACAAUGUGGACGUUGCUUUGUUAUGUUGUAAAGAGCAGGGAAUUGCCUAGUCCAGUACCUCAUCUUACAGAGUCUUAUGUCAGACGACUGGAGAGGUCUAUUCACACGGUUCAAGCAUAUGGAUAAUGAACUUCCAAACUACUGAGUGGAGCACCUCUUUCUGUCAAAGAUGUGGCAGUGUUUGAGGGAACACUGAUUUCUUCUGUAUCUUUGUCUCGCUCUUUCAACCUUACUCCAUGAAUGUUUACAAUUUACAUCAUCUGGCAGGGAACUCCACAGAUUUUGUCUAUGUACUGGGAGAUGAAAUGUGUCCUUUUGCUUCCAACCUGCUACUGGCUGAUGCCCAUGUACUUUCAAGACUGCACAGGAUUCAAGACUGCACAGGAUUCAAGACUGCACCCACUGCUUUCCAUUCUUGCUCUUCAUGCUUUCAAAGAGCUCCAUGGUAUUUCCUUUAUAUUUUUCUCAAGGAUUACAAUGGUUUUUAGACUCUCAGUUCAGUAUAGAGUACCUUACUUCAGUAACUGUUUUGAGGAAUUAAUAGUUCCCUAUUAUAUAUUUAACAAUUAAAGACACAUCAUGGGAUUGUGUUGCUUCUUCCUACAGUUUGAUCAUCACAUUUGAUGAAACUUGCUGUCUCAUCUUUCUCUUUCUAAGAGGAACAAAGGCUGUUUUGAAGAGUCUGAAUUAGAUAUUUUUUUGUUAUACUGGGCAUGCAAUUCAGCCAGACCUUUGUUCAAGGAGUCUCUGUGUGUAUAUAUUUCAGAAACAUUGAUAUUCAAGGUAAGCACACCAUGUGCAUGAGUAAAAUAAUGUAAAAUGCUGCUGUGCUGUGGGAUGGAAUUCACCUCACUUGGCAGAAAGCUCAGAGAAAAAUACUGAAUUAUGCAGUUGAAAAAUACCCAAUAUAUAAAAGGGAAGCAAGCAAACACUGUUUACUUUUGUGGGUUUUACAUUGAGCUGAAUGUAUUGAUUCUGUAUUUGAAAACUGGAGACAGGAAAUUUGUCUUUUCUGAAAUUAUAUAAAGGCUUACGAAUAGGCAUGAUUCUCGAUCUUUUUUUAUAUGUUUCUCUUCCAAUAAAUAAUAGUUUUGCUAA